AUGGCCGACGACCCGCACAACACAAGCGAAAUUUCGGAUCAUGCCGAGCCCGCUGCUGUCGUCGCAAAAGAGGACGCCGAGACCACCGCCGCACGGCGUGAGCUCAAGCAAACCACCAUUUCCGAGAAGCGGGGGCGCGAUGCCGUGCAGCUCUCGCAGGACGACAAGAGUGCCUCGGAGGAUGAAGGGCCCAAAUCCAAGUCCCGGCGGCUCACACCGCCCAUCAGUCUGAGCGCGUCAAGUGACGACAUGUUGAAAGCGCAGAUUUCUUCACCCAAGAAGAAGCGAGCCCACGAUGAGGUGGACGAGAAUAAGGAUGUUGCCGAGGCCCCGCUCGGAGGAACGCCCAACAAGGCUGCCAGUCCAACAACGGUCCCAAACAGGACGAACCGGUCUGAGCCCGAGAAGAAGCGACCACGGGACCGCCAAGCAAGUGCAUCCGCCGUGCAGGGCGGGAAGGAAGAAGUGCCUCGUCAACCUCGCCGUUUGGUAGCUUCGGCGGCCCAGGAAAAUCCAGCCUGUUUGGUUCGUCGUCGGGGCCCUCCUCCUUGGGCGGUGUUCUCGGCGGCUCCAAGCCGGCCGCCCCCCUCAGCACCCCCGAAACUCAGCUUCGGCGGAGCUGCCGCCUCGUCUCCGUUCGCCGGGCUAAACGGGCAGAGCACCACCGGUUCGGUGUUUAAGUCGAGCCCCUUUGCGAGCGCUCUUGGCGGCAGCGCCCUGUCAGGGCCGCGCAUCAACUUUGGCAAACCUGGCGAGGUCCUUAAGAGCGACAAGCCGGCCAAGCCGUUCGGUGCGCCAGACAGCGACGCCGAGGAUAAGUCGGAGGAGGAAAGCAACGAGGACGAGGACGCCAAGGGUGAUGCCUCGUCGGAUGAUGAGGCUAAGGAAGAGGAUGGGGAUAGGGAGGCGUCCAAGGGAGCUGAGGAGAAGAAGAAGCCCAAGUUGCAGAAGAGUAAGCGCGCUCGCCCCUCUAUCGACGUUGGGUGGAAGGAGCGUGGCGGGGGUAUGCUCAAAAUCAAUGUGCCCAAGUCAACAGUCGAUCUGGACGACAAUGGGGUGCCCGACCCGACCUCCUUCGACGCCUCGGUUCUAGCGGACGAAGACGACGACCAGCUGAAACACGUCCGGCUCAUCAUGCGGCAGGAUCACACCCUGCGUGUCAUCUUGAAUACCGUACUCCUGCCGGCCAUGAAGUUCCAGGUCACCAACCGGCUCAAGACGUCGACUGUGGGGUUCACAGCAUUUGAAGAGGGCGUGGGGCGCCAAGUGCAAAUGAAGCUGAGCGAGGUCAAUGCCACGGCAUUCUCGCAGAUCAUAGAGAUGUUGAAGAAACGGCUUGCCGAUGUUUAG